GUGGCAGCAAUUAGAUUUAAUGGGACAGAGCCCUUUCUCCCGCCUCCCUCAGGCGGCAGCAGGCGGGAGAGGGAUGUGAGGGAGGUGGGAGGUGGGGGACCCGGGGGGACUCUGACGUCAGCUCAGCCUAUAAGAGGCCGCCUGGCCUGGCCGAGGGCUGUGGAGAGAGCCCCGGACCACACGGUGUCAUGCCCACGCCCAGCGCCUCCGCGUCCCAGGCCAAGGGCUUCCGCAGGGCCGUCUCCGAGCUGGACGCCAAGCAGGCCGAGGCCAUCAUGGUAAGGGGGCCGGCGGGUGCCCACUGGCCGACAUGGGCCAGGACCCUGGGUGUCCCCGGGCUCAGGGUCCAGCGGGCGGCUCAGACCCAGGCUUGGUGUGGUGUCCCGGCCACGGGCACUUCCUCUGCCCGGGCUGCCAGGGCGACCCCGUGUUUGCAUCUGGGCGGAUGGAAGGCGGAGGCUGCGGCAGCCGCGGCGGAGCCCGGGGAGCCGCUGGGGGCCGGCGCCUGUGUGGAGAGAGACGGGAAGGCACUGCUCAACCUGCUCUUCACCCUGCGGGGGGCCAAGACCGCCCCGCUCUCCCGUGCCCUGAAGGCCUUUGAGGUGAGGGCGGAGGGGGCCCACGAGGGCACCUGGGGCCAGUUGGCGGAGGAGGGGCGCGGCCCCGGGGAGAGCAAAGUCCUGUGGUUCCCAAGGAAAGUGUCUGAGCUGGACAAGUGCCACCACCUGGUCACCAAGUUUGACCCUGACCUGGACCUGGACCACCCGGGCUUCUCAGACCAGGAGUACCGCCAGCGCCGGAGGCUGAUCGCCGAGAUAGCGUUCCAGUACCGCCACGGCGACCCUAUUCCCCGCGUGGAGUACACGGCCGAGGAGAUCGCCACCUGGGGCUGUCUCGCUGACCACACUGCCCCACAGCUGUACUGGUUCACGGUGGAGUUCGGGCUGUGCAAGCAGAACGGAGAGGUGAAGGCGUACGGCGCUGGGCUGCUGUCCUCCUACGGGGAGCUCCUGCACGCCCUCUCCGAGGAGCCUGAGAUCCGGGCCUUCGACCCCGACGCGGCCGCCCUGCAGCCCUACCAGGACCAGACCUACCAGUCCGUCUACUUCGUGUCUGAGAGUUUCAGCGACGCCAAGGACAAGCUCAGGAGCUACGCCGCCCGCAUCCAGCGUCCCUUCUCCGUGAAGUUUGACCCGUACACGCAGGCCAUCGACGUGCUGGACAGUCCCCGGGCCAUCCGGAGCUCCCUGGAGGGCAUCCAGGACGAGAUGCACGCCCUCGCCCACGCGCUCAGUGCCAUCAGCUAAGGCAGCGGGUGCCACCCUGUGAGCCCUGGUGGCUGGUCUUGGGUCUCCCCAC